CUCUUUCCCUUUUCCUUUGGCUUCUUGUUUAAUUUUUUUUUUUCGCAGCUUCUUGUUUAAAUUGUCAUAAAUUAAAAAAAUAAAUAAAUAUAAAUACAUUUAGGUUUCUCCAUUAAACAAAUAAAGUAUCUCUCGCUCCUCUUUAUAUAGCAGACUUCGUCUCUUUCGUCUUUCGUCUCCUUCUGUUUGUGAUCCAUAUCUUGACCUCACCUUGAAAGCCCUAAAGUAUCAUCUCUCUCUGUUGGUGAAUUAAUCUGAAUCAUAAUCAUGGAUGAAGAGUACGAUGUGAUAGUGUUGGGAACUGGUCUCAAAGAAUGCAUCCUCAGUGGUCUUCUUUCUGUUGAUGGGCUCAAGGUUCUGCACAUGGAUAGAAAUGACUAUUAUGGAGGAGAGUCUGCAUCACUUAACCUUAUUCAGCUGUGGAAGAGGUUCAGGGGAAAUGAUAAGCCUCCAGCACAUUUGGGUUCAAGUAGGGAUUAUAAUGUGGACAUGAUCCCUAAGUUUAUGAUGGCCAAUGGCAAUCUUGUACGCGUCCUCAUUCACACAGAUGUUACCAAAUAUUUGUACUUUAAAGCAGUGGAUGGCAGUUUUGUCUACAACAAAGGAAAGGUUCACAAGGUGCCAGCAACUGACAUUGAGGCACUUAAAUCUCCUCUGAUGGGUAUUUUUGAGAAGCGCCGUGCUCGCAAGUUUUUCAUAUACGUCCAGGAUUAUAAUGAAAAUGAUCCCAAAACACAUGAGGGAAUGGACUUGACUAGGGUGACAACCAGAGAACUGAUUGCAAAAUAUGGUCUUGAUGACAACACAGUGGACUUCAUUGGUCAUUCAUUAGCGCUUCAUAGAGAUGAUCAGUACCUAGAUGAACCAGCACUGGAUACUGUGAUGAGAAUGAAGCUUUAUGCGGAAUCUCUUGCCCGUUUUCAAGGAGGAUCGCCAUAUAUUUAUCCUUUGUAUGGAUUAGGAGAGCUCCCACAGGCAUUUGCACGACUUAGUGCUGUUUAUGGUGGCACAUAUAUGUUGAAUAAACCUGAGUGCAAGGUAGAGUUCAAUGAGGAAGGCAAAGUUGUUGGUGUCACAUCAGAAGGGGAAACUGCUAGGUGCAAAAAAGUUGUUUGUGAUCCUUCUUACUUGCCCAACAAGGUUAGGAAGGUUGGUAGGGUUGCCAGAGCAAUUGCCAUCAUGAGCCACCCAAUUCCAAACACCAAUGAUUCUCAUUCAGUUCAGGUUAUCUUGCCUCAAAAGCAGUUGGGUCGCAGAUCAGACAUGUACCUUUUCUGUUGUUCGUAUACUCACAAUGUUGCUCCAAAGGGAAAAUAUAUUGCGUUUGUUUCAUCAGAGGCAGAAACUGAUCAUCCUGAGGUUGAAUUGAAGCCAGGAAUUGACCUUCUAGGUCCUGUUGAUGAGAUAUUCUUUGAAAUUUAUGACAGAUAUGAACCAGUGAAUGAGCCCUCUUUGGACAAUUGCUUUAUAUCAACGAGUUAUGAUGCCACAACUCACUUCGAGUCCACUGUCACAGAUGUUCUCAACAUGUACACCUUGAUCACUGGAAAGGUUCUUGACCUGAGUGUGGAUUUGAGUGCUGCCAGUGCUGCAGAAUGAGGAAGCUGCUUUUACAUAAACUGAUGCUUAGCCUUGUUCUAAGCUCCUUGAAGAGGUGGAAAAGGACUUGGUAUUGGUUUCCUAUAUAUGUUGUAAUAAAUUCAUGUCUAAAUGCACUUUAUUUGAAUAUGUAAGACUUGAAACUUUGAUCUGGCUGUGUUGUGGAAAUUUGCAAUUUCUGCAUUGUUGGUCACUUGUGGAGAGGGUAUAAUUUAUUUGUUCCCAAGUGCUAAAUUACAGAACUGAAACCUUUCUACAUUAAUGAAGCAUGGGCUGUUCUUUUUUA